AAAUCAUGCACCAGGACAUCGUCCCGCUCUGCGCGGCCGACAUCCAGGAGCAGCUGAAGAAGCGCUUCGCUUACCUGUCCGGUGGGCGGGGCCAGGACGGCAGCCCAGUCAUCACAUUCCCUGACUACCCAGCCUUCAGCGAGAUCCCGGACAAGGAGUUCCAGAAUGUCAUGACCUACCUCACCAGCAUCCCCAGCUUGCAAGAUGCUGGGAUCGGAUUCAUCCUGGUCAUAGACCGAAGGCAGGACAAAUGGACUUCCGUGAAGGCGUCGGUCCUUCGCAUAGCCGCAGCGUUCCCAGCAAACCUGCAGCUGGUCCUGGUUCUCCGGCCCACGGGAUUUUUCCAGAGGACUCUGUCAGACAUCGCCUUCAAGUUCAAUAGAGAUGACUUUAAGAUGAAGGUUCCGGUCAUAAUGCUAAGCUCAGUACCAGAGCUGCAUGGCUACAUCGAUAAGUCCCAGCUGACCGAGGACCUCGGGGGGACCCUGUCCUACUGCCACUCCAGGUGGCUGUGCCACCGCACGGCCAUCGAAAGCUUCGCCCUCAUGGUGAAGCGGACGGCGCAGAUGCUGCAGACCUUCGGGACCGAGCUGGCCGAGACCGAGCUGCCCAAUGAUGUGCAGUCGACCGGGGCGGUGCUGCGUGCCCACACGGAGAAGAAGGGCAAAGCGAAGGAGGACCUGCAGCUGGCGCUGAAGGAGGGGAAUAACAUCCUGGCGAGCCUCAGGGAGCCGCUGGCCGGGAGCACGGUGCUCAGCGUGAACCAGGACCAGCUGGAUAGCCAGGCCACAGUGCAGAGGCUCCUGGCACAGCUGAAUGACACUGAGGCUGCCUUCGACGAGUUCUGGGCCAAGCAUCAGCAGAAGCUGGAGCAGUGCCUGCAGCUGCGGCAUUUUGAACAGGGUUUCCGGGAGGUCAAAGCUGCCUUGGACACAGUGUCCCAGAAGAUAGCCACCUUCACCGACGUUGGCAACAGCCUGGCACAUGUGCACCACCUGGUGAAGGACCUGGACAGCUUCGAGGCCAAGUCCAGUGCGGCUGUGGACAGGGCCCGAGCUCUGUCCCUUGAGGGCCAGCAGCUCAUUGAGAACAAGCACUACGCCGUGGACUCCAUUCAGCCCAAGUGCCAGGAGCUUCAGCACCUCUGCGACCACUUUGCCGCCGAGAUCAGCAGGAGGAGAGAGCUGCUGAGCAAGUCCCUGGAGCUGCACAGCCUCCUGGAGAUGUCCAUGAAGUGGUGCGAUGAGGGCAUCUACCUGCUGGCCUCGCAGCCCGUGGAUAAAUGCCAGUCCCAGGAUGGUGCCGAGGCAGCUCUCCAGGAGAUCGAGAAGUUUCUAGAGACUGGUGCAGAAAAUAAGAUCCAAGAGCUCAAUAAAAUUUACAAAGACUAUGAAUCUAUCCUCAACCAGGACCUAAUGGAACACGUGCAAAAGGUCAUUCAGAAGCAGGAGAGCAUGCAGGACAUGUUUCACCGCAGACAGGCCAGCCUAAAGAAGCUGGCGGCCAAGCAGACGCGGCCUGUGCAGCCCGUGGCCCCCAGGCCGGAAGCACUCACCAAGUCGCCCUGCCCCUCCCCAGGCACCUGGCGGGGAUCCGAGAAUACGAGCUCUGAGGGCAGUGUGGUCCGGAGGGGCCCCUACCGGAGGGCCAAGAGUGAAAUGAGUGAGACCCGGCCAGGCAGGGCCAGUUCCACGGGGGACGAGGAUGAGAGUCUGGCUGUCCUGCGCAGACACGUGAUGAACGAACUCCUGGACACAGAGCGGGCCUAUGUGGAGGAGCUGCUCUGCGUUCUGGAGGGCUACGCCGCAGAGAUGGACAACCCCCUGAUGGCUCAUCUCAUCUCCACCGGUCUGCACAGCAAGAAGGAUGUUUUGUUUGGGAACAUGGAGGAGAUCUACCACUUCCAUAACAGGAUCUUCCUGCGGGAGCUGGAGAGCUGCAUGGACUGCCCGGAGCUGGUGGGGAGGUGCUUCCUGGAGCGGAUGGAAGACUUCCAGAUCUAUGAGAAAUACUGUCAGAACAAACCACGCUCUGAGAGCCUGUGGAGACAGUGCUCCGACUGCCCCUUCUUCCAGGAGUGCCAGAAGAAGCUGGACCACAAGCUGAGCCUGGACUCCUACCUGCUGAAGCCUGUGCAGAGAAUAACCAAGUACCAGCUGCUGCUCAAGGAGAUGCUGAAAUACAGCAAGAACUGUGAGGGAGCCGCAGACCUGCAGGAGGCGCUGAGCUCCAUCCUGGGCAUCCUCAAAGCCGUGAACGACUCCAUGCACCUCAUCGCCAUCACCGGCUAUGACGGAAACCUCAGCGACCUGGGUAAGCUGCUCAUGCAGGGCUCCUUCAGCGUGUGGACCGACCACAAGAAGGGGCACACCAAGGUGAAGGAGCUGGCCCGGUUCAAGCCCAUGCAGAGACACCUGUUCCUGCAUGAGAAGGCCGUGCUCUUCUGCAAGAAGAGGGAGGAAAGUGGCGAAGGCUACGAGAAGGCCCCAUCCUACAGCUACAAGCAGUCCUUGAACAUGACGGCCGUUGGCAUCACAGAGAAUGUGAAAGGCGACGCAAAGAAGUUUGAGAUCUGGUACAAUGCGCGAGAAGAGGUCUACAUCAUCCAGGCACCCACUCCUGAAAUUAAAGCAGCUUGGGUGAGUGAAAUCCGGAAAGUGCUGACCAGCCAGCUGCAGGCCUGCAGAGAAGCCAGCCAGCACAGGGCCCUGGAGCAGUCCCACAGCCUACCUCUGCCUGCACCAGCCAGUACCAGUCCCUGCAGAGGAAGCGGCAGGAGCACCCGGAGGCCAGAGGACAGGAAGACGGAUGCGCUGAGCUUGGAGGGCUAUGUGAGCUCGCCGCCGACCCGGCCCCCCGAGAAGGGCAGAGGCUGGAGCAAAACGUCCCACUCCCUGGAGGGCCCCGAGGACGAAGGCGGCUGGUCCAGUGCUGAGGAGCUUGCCAACUCCUCCGACGCAGAGGAAGAUGGCGGCCUUGGGCCCACAAAGCUGGUGCCGGGGAGAUACACGGUGGCAGUGGACCAUGAGAAGGGAGGCACGGACACCCUCGCCAUGAGAAGCGGGGACCUGGUGGAGGUGGUGGAGGAGGGCGCCCAGGGGCUCUGGUAUGUCCGGGAUCUGACCAGCAGCAGGGAGGGCUGGGUGCCGGCCAGCAGCCUGUCUACUCUCCUGGGCAAGUCCAGUUCAGCCCAGUGUCUGAGCAGCUCAGGUGAGCUCCCGGCCCUCACCGCCCUUUCAGGGCAGGGGUGAGGCGUGUGUGUGCUGGGAGAGGGCCGAGGAACUCACCCUGGUUUCCCGCAGAGUCGAGCCCGGGGUCGGCUGUGCUGAGCAACUCGUCCAGCUGCAGCGAGGGCUGCCCCGCGCCCUUCCCUGGCG